GGAGAGGGAGGCGGAAUGCAACAGGCUGAGCUCUAUCGUCGCUGUGAGAGGGACUUGUGACUGACAAACACAACUACUACUCUCCUACUCAGCUCGUUUCUCCUCUGACUUACCCUUCGCUCCCCACCGCCAGACUGCGCCGCGUUCACAUCCCCGGGUCUGAGUCUGGACCUGGUCAGGUCUUGGGUACUUGGUUCCUGGUCUCAUUCCCCAGCUCCUCCUCUCUCGUCAGCAUCCCCCUCACCUCUCUGCGGCGUGACGGCAGAGAAGCCAGCAGCUGAGCGGGGCUGAAUGGCACCAGCUCAUUUCAAACUCACCGUAGGCCCCUGACGAAGACGUAGGAAGAGCAAACGCCAAGACAGUGGGAGAGAAGUCACCUGAACCAUCACCUGCACUUUCCACCAUGGCAACCAACAGGGAGCACCAAGUGCGUCACAUGACCGGCUUCCCGCGCGCUAUGUACCCGUUCACCUUUAACUCCAUGAGGAGCCACUCCCCCUUUGACCUGCUGGCCAGUAGCCACCUCUUUGGCCGGUUUGGAGCAGACCUUCCUAAAGAGAUGGCUGCAUUGUCGGUGGAGACCCAGAGCACCAGCUCAGAGGAGAUGGUGCCCAGCUCUCCCUCUCCCCCUCCUCCUCCUCGGGUCUACAAACCCUGCUUUGUGUGCCAGGACAAGUCAUCUGGUUAUCACUACGGAGUGAGCUCCUGUGAGGGCUGCAAGGGUUUCUUCAGGCGCAGUAUCCAGAAGAACAUGGUGUAUACCUGCCACAGAGACAAGAACUGUCAAAUCAAUAAAGUGACCCGCAACCGCUGCCAGUACUGUCGGCUGCAGAAGUGCUUUGAGGUUGGCAUGUCCAAAGAAGCGGUGCGUAAUGACAGGAACAAAAAGAAGAAGGAUGUGAAGGAGGAGGUGGUGCUGCCAGAGAACUAUGAGCUGAGUGGAGAGCUGGAGGAGCUGGUGAACAAAGUCAGCAAAGCUCAUCAGGAGACCUUUCCAUCUCUGUGCCAACUAGGAAAAUACACCACAAAUUCAAGUGCUGACCACAGAGUACAGCUGGACUUGGGCCUGUGGGAUAAGUUCAGUGAGCUCUCCACUAAGUGCAUUAUAAAGAUUGUGGAGUUUGCCAAGCGGCUACCAGGCUUCACUACGCUCACCAUCGCUGACCAGAUCACCCUCCUCAAAUCUGCAUGUCUGGACAUCCUGAUGCUGAGGAUAUGCACUCGUUACACACCGGAGCAGGACACAAUGACCUUCUCGGACGGCCUGACUCUCAACAGGACACAGAUGCAUAACGCCGGCUUUGGUCCACUCACGGACCUGGUGUUUGCCUUCGCUGGUCAGCUGCUGCCUUUGGAGAUGGACGACACAGAGACGGGGCUGCUCAGUGCCAUCUGCCUGAUCUGUGGAGACCGUAUGGACCUGGAAGAGCCGGGGAAGGUAGACAAGCUGCAGGAGCCGCUGCUAGAGGCUCUGAAGAUCUACACCCGCCGCAGACGCCCAAACAAGCCUCAUAUGUUUCCGCGUAUGCUGAUGAAAGUCACGGACCUCCGAGGAAUCAGCACCAAAGGUGCAGAAAGAGCCAUCACACUGAAGACAGAGAUUCCUGGGCCCAUGCCUCCACUGAUCAGGGAGAUGCUGGAAAACCCCGAUGCCUUCGAGGACAGCAGUGACUCAGGGGACAGCGCUGCUGCAGCUCCCGCCGCUCCCCCCGCUCCCCCCGCCAUUCAAGCCAUCAAGCAAGAGGAGAAAGCCACAUAUGAGUCACCCGUGGAGGAGGAAGAGGAGGAGGAAGAGGACGACUACUGGGAUGAAGAGAAAGACCGAGGGGCGGACAGUGACGGGGAGCCGUGGGGGGAGGCGGCGGCAGCGGCGGCGGCAGCAGCAGCCACAUGCAAAAGAAAGGUGUGACUGGGAAAAACACAGUGAGAGAGACACGAUGACGCUGCUUCCUCCUCCAGUUCACUGAGCCCUCGCCCAGCAAUAUCUCCAAGAAAAACCUCACAGAAUUAGGCUCUUAUACGAUAACAUGCUGCAUACAGCACGUAUUUACAUAUACUGUACAUAUACUGGACUGAAAGGAAAAUGUGUUCAGUUCAGCAUAAGACACAUGGAAUGGGAGAAGCGCAAGCACUAAACAUCAGUGGGUUGAGGAGAGCACCAUUUCAAAUCACUGUGCCAAAAUGAGACUGUCUAAAAGAUAUUUCAAAAGUGUUUCGUCCACACAGAGAGGAACAAGAGGUGGUGGACAGAAGAAAAUGCACUCCUCUGCUAUCUAUAAGGGCUAUGCUUUGUAUAAAAUUGAUGGUAAAAUUACAUUGUAACAACAGAACUCUAUGUGUUGUCCAUUUGCCGCCAACUUCUUCUCAAAUUUCCUUUUAUUACUAUUCAGAGAUAUGCUACUUAUUUUUUUAUUGUAUGGUUUUCCUAAGCAUGUACACAUUUCUGUUCUGACUUUAUGGCUGUUUGCGGGACUGUUUUUUUUUUUUUUUUUUGUAUAUUUUCUCUCAGUCCCGCUCAUAAUUGACUGGACAUAUGUGUUUUUAAACUCUUUAAUUUUAUGCAUUUAUUGGACACACUAAAAAACAAUAGCAAAGAUAGGAAAGAACAAUAGCAAAGCGAGAGCAGGUCAUGAGCAGGACUCAAACUCACAGUGUGACAAGCACAUAGUGUGUAAGUUCGCCCUCUAAUUCAUGCAAAUCUCUGGUGGUUACAACAUCUGAAAGAGAAUGAUAAUGUACUGUCAACUCUGGUGCUUUUUAUCCAAAUGAGAUUCUGACAAAGAAUGCAAAACAAAUACAGCAACAUAUCUUCACCUCUCAACAAAAAUACGAAUAAAGAAAUAAAAAAAAAAAUACUAGACUAAAGAAUCUAAAGCGUAGAUUUAACAUCAACACACAAGCUCAGGUUGAUUCUGUCAGGGCCACGUCUCACCUGUCAGUAUUUUCUAAGAAAACUGCUGGUGUGAAUGCUCUGUUGUAACUUCCCCAUCCUCAACAACAAAAAUCUUCUUUCAUCAAGGAGAAGGAACGAUUACAAAUUUAAGUUGUUGGCUGUGCUGUACUCAGAGGUAAGCCAUAAGAUUUUCAUUGUGUAAGUGUGAGUCAUCAAAUCAUCUAAACAAAUAUAACCCUUAAAAGCAGUUUACUUCAGAGAAAACCUCAGGUGUGUAUGGUGUGUGUGUGUGUGUGUGUGUGUGCGCAUGUGCAUGAAAGUGUAACUGAAAGCAUUUACCAAUACACAGAGUGAUGUUGUAAAGAUGUGACUGUCAUCACCGCCAUAAUCCACAGUGAGCAUAUUAUGCAAAAGUCAAAUUAAGAGUAUCUCAUAAAAGCACAUAAAAUGGGUUUUGUAGUAAAAAAAAAAGGCUUUUUAAAAGAUUUCAAAGAAAUCACUCCCCUCCUGGUGGACAGUAGGACAUUGAUGCAAGCUGAUAAAAAAUCACAGAAAUAGCAAUUACUAUUGCACUUCACAUCUUUGAGGUUGCAGCCGUCCAACAUCAUCAACAAAACAAAUAAUUGACAUUGGGCGACGUGCCCGCUGAAGCAUAGGACGACAGUUUGAAACGGUGUGUGUUCAUGUGUGCUGUAUCUAAGAAGUGAUGCAAAAACAUGGAUUUUGUAAAAUAAAUAACUAUAAUUUGUUUUUCA